UGGCACAGUUGGCUGGUUGAAGUGUUGGAAACUUAAUAACGUCACUGCAUGCAAAAUAUGGCAGCAGCAGGGAGAAUGAGAGAGGGAUGUAACGCACUGACACAGAGCUUUCUGUCACAGAAAACUAACACAGAAGCACAUGUUGGGCCCACGGAGGAGAUUCACCAUCUACACUGGACAUAAAGAUGGACAUGACAGAUGAUAACCACAUGGAAGGAAUGAAGAUGGAGAUAGAGAACAAGCAAACUAUGGAUAAUGUCUUUUCUGACAGACUAUCAGAUGAGACGCACCAACAUCUGACAAAUAGCGAAGGGAGAUUCAGAGUGAAAUCCAGACCCAGACUCCAGUCAACAAAAAGUUUCCCCCCUUACAGUCAGUGUAUAGGCGGACUCGGAGAGGACAGAGAUCGGGACAAUGAGCUCAAUUCAGAGUCAAGCAUCGCUCACAUGAUGAGGGAAGAUGGGAAUGAGGUAGUUCAAGACACAGAAAGAAAAGAGGACUUUGAGUUGAAAGCAAGAUGUGCAAGGGAUGAAGUGAAGGCAAAAUGGAGGACGAAGAGGAGGGAGAGGUUAGGGGGGAGCUAUGAAAUUGAUACAGGCACAUGGGAGAGUUCAAGGUGGAGUGGGAAAAGAAGGGUAGAAGAGACUGGAAGAGAGAGGGAGCAUGGUGAUAAGGAAAGGGAAGGGGGCACAAAUAGCGAGUGGAAACACUGGAGAGGUAAAAACUCGAGUUUUGAGAUAAAGAGAAAAGAAGAGGAGGAUGAGGAGAGGAAGAGAUCUCUUGUUUCAGCAAUAGAGGGAGAGAACGAGGGAAGUGGGGAGACCCCAGAGGGGAAGAAAGAAGAGGCCGAGGAGCUGCCGGGAAUGAGAGGGGGCUCCACCAUGCAUCAGUGGUCCUCCCCACAUCCAAUCCUCUCCAAGCUUCUGCACUCCUCUUCCUCCACCUCCUCUGGCUCCUCCAUCAACCUCUCCUCGGCAGAGAGUGAUGAGAACUUGAGCGAAGGAGAGGAUGCUGGCUCAAAGAGGAGGACGUUCAGGAAGUGCCGCUCCUGGAAAACCUACCUGACCAUGAUGCACUGGUCACUGCGGCGGCAGAGCUCCUGGGUCCAGCUGGCUGGACAUCAAGGUAACUUUCAGCUGAGUGAGGGAGGAGAGGUGUUGAAACUGUACAGUGAGAUGGAGGCAAAGUGCCUGGACUGCCUGAUGAGAGACCCGCUGAGACCCUUUGUCCCACAGUACCAUGGUUUGGUCACCAGGGGGGAGCACUGCUACAUCCGCCUGGAGGACCUGUUGAGCGGCCUGAGGAGACCUGUCAUCAUGGACUGCAAGAUGGGAAUCAGGACAUACCAGGAGGAGGAACUGAUCAAUGCCCGGGCCAAGUCCACCCUGCGGAGUGACAUGUACCAGAAGAUGGUACAAAUAGACCCGUCGGCUCCGUCAGCAGAGGAACACGCUCAGAAAGGGGUGACUAAGUGGCGAUACCUUCAGUGGAGGGAUACAACCAGUUCUACAUCCACGCUGGGUUGCAGAAUAGAGGGCAUCAUGAUGGAGGACGGCAGCGUCCAACGGGACUUCAGGAAAAUUCUGACUUUAGCUCAGGUCACGGAAGCAUUGCUCUACUUUACCAGGAGUCAGCUGGACAUCCUGAAAGCGUACCACUCCAGACUCCUGGCCCUGAGUGAUGCACUGAAGAAUUCACUAUUUUUCAGAACCCAUGAGGUGAUUGGCAGCUCGCUUCUCUUUGUCCACGACCACAGCAGCAAGGCCAGUGUGUGGAUGAUAGAUUUUGGAAAGACGACCCCGGUGCCUGACACGAGCGAGCUCCUACACGACGUCCCGUGGGCCGAGGGGAGCAGAGAGGACGGCUACCUCAUCGGUCUGACCUCCCUCAUCACUUCUCUGAGCCAGGCCAUCAGCGCGGCCUCCUGGCAGGAGGACAGCUGUGGAGGAGAAAAGAGUGUUACAUGAAGUUGAGACACCCCUGUAAACAACACUCAAAUUCAGGAUCAGGUGGACAAAACGGCUGCUGUUACACUUUGAACUGCUGUCUCAUUUCAUUCACUGGAAAAGACAGAGGCAACAGAGACAUUUGUUUAUGGGGAAUCUGUCUUCACGGGCUGAGGAAGAGUGACGAGGGAGUACAAUAUAGCAAAAAUCCAAAGAAAUGUGACGUGGUUGCACUGGUAAUGUAACAGUGGAGACAGUGUUUUGUUACAAAGAUUUAAGAUUUUAAGAUUUGUAAGACACUUCUUAUUUUCUAUUCCCUUAUUUUAUUUUUUUAUUCGUUGAGUAGGUCUGCAAAAACUCAGAGUUCUCAUCUGUGUUGCAACACAUGCUAAGCUAUUUUGUUUACAGCAGGAAAGCAAACUCAUAAUGAAUCACACACACACAUAUGGUUGAACAGCCUCAAGUUCUACAUGUUAGUCUCUUAAAAACACUAACCAUGCUUAUAAAAAGAGACUUUAAAAUACAGAUGAAGAUAUAUUGAUGAAAUAGAUGUUGUGAUGUUAUUAUCAGGGAUUUGAGUUAUUUACAAAUGAUGCAGCUGAAAUGUUGUCUUUUCCUGGUCUUAAACGGUCCAAGCUAAGUGAAAUAAACAAUGAAUGCCACUGUCUGCUCAGUCUUCAUAUA